GUCACCCUGGCGGUGACCUCUGUACGUCAUCACUACGGUCGGAUGACGAAUGUGAGCAGCCAUGCCGGUCUCGGGGAACUGGGUGUUUGAGAUGUAAAGCACUUAAUGUCACUCAGCGACAAAAAUGGCAGCUAGGCUGAUACAAAGAUGUACACGACACUUAAGUGCUUCAUUCCUCACUGUGUCGACUCCUGCCAUUGUACUAACUGCCUGCAGAUGGACCCCAACAGAACUGUACCAGUCAUCGACGUUACUGGCUGGCAUCCACACAUCUGUUCACCAUCACGUACCUGACUUGACACCUGCCACUGAACACAUUUGCCAGCCAGAGCACAUAAAAGUGGAUGAGCUGAUUGAAUCAGCCUUGAACACAGAAGAGCUCCUGCAGAUUUCCUCAGAACACACAGUUACUGGGAAUCAAGCAGCUGCACUGCUCAUCCGCCUGUGCCGCCACAUAGUGGAGCAGAAGUUGGACACUCAGGAUGUUCUUAGAGACAGUCGCUUCCAGCAUUUGUUGAAUGCUGUUGAUGGCCAGAUUUCGUCAGUGUGGAAUGGGAAUCUGGUAAGCUUGCUACGGAGCCUCUUUGCGAUCAAACUGGAUGCUCAUAACCGUGUCCUAAGGUCUGUUGAAAAUGAGAUUCAUUGGCGGUUGAAGCGUCUGAGCUUGAAGAACCUUGCUUCGUUGGCAGGCUACUACACCAGCUAUGCACAGACAGACGGACAGAAAGUACUGCUUAGUGACAUAAUAAAAAACGUGGAGCUACGCUGGACUGAGAUCACAGAUGCAAAAACUGUAACCACAUUGAUGACAAAGCUUGGACCCCUAUCAAGUGCAUUAAUGGGCAGACUGGAGGAUAAGGGCUUGGAAUUGGCUGAGUUUUUCACUCCUGAUGACACAAGAAAGGUGGCACUGGCUUUGGCGAUGCAGAAUCGGCGCACUAUUCCCUUACUUCGUGCCCUGUCAUAUCAUUUCAUGCAGAAGCACUGUGACCUGAAGACUGGAGUACUGAUCGACAUGGCCUUCGCUUAUGGGAAACUGAAUUUCCAGCAGACACAGGUUUUUCAGCGGUUAGCAGCCGAACUUCUACCCAGGGUACCAGAGUUGAGCCCCAUGGAUGUCAUGCGAUGCACAAAGUCGUUUGCUUACCUGAAGUGGCUCAAUCUGCCUCUGUUUGAGGCUUUAGCACAGUAUGUACUCGAACAUUGUGAAAAUACGACUGAGAUGCAGCUCUGUAACAUCAUCAUGGCCUUUGCUCGUCUCAAUUAUCAACCAACCAUUGGAGAGGCCUUCUAUGCUAAGAUUCAUGAAAAACUAAGCAGUGCCCUCGUGGAGAUGGAGCCAUUCCUGCUGGUUGACUUAGUCUGGUCUCUGUGUAUAUUGCAGCAAGUAAACCAUUUAUACCUCAGUCAAGUACUAGAUCACCAUUUCUUCCAAAGAAUCACAGAAGGAAUCCAGACACAGAAAAGUGAAAACUACAAACUGAAGUUGGUCCAUAUCAAUGCAACAGCCCAACUCGAGUGCUCUGACUAUAAUGGUCCCUAUUUACCAACUCACUGUUUGGACUCGUGGAUCUCAGGAACCAGGAAGAACUUAAGUCCACUCAGCAGUGGUGUGCGUGAGAUGUUGCAAACUGCUGUUGGAGAUCAGACCAAGUGUCGCUGUGGUGUCAACACUACGUAUGGUUGGGUAAUUGAUGGAGAAGUUGUGCUUGAUUCUGAGAAUAAGCCUCUUGUUGUGCAGGAAUACACUUCUCCACAUGGACCACAGUCAGAGGGGUCAAAACCUCUUCCCUUUGGAGCCAAGAGAUUGGCAUUUGUGGCUCGAGAAUUCCCAAACUACAACUCACGGAGUCGGGACCUACUUGGGCGUUUCGCUAUGGCCCGUCGGCAUUUGCUAGCUGCUGGAUUCUUGGUUGUAGAUGUUCCAUACUAUGAUUGGCUGGAGUUGAAAUCUGACUGGCAGAAGGUUGCAUACCUAAAGGACAAGAUGGGUAAAGCCAUUGCUGAGGACAUGGUACAAUGAAGUGCAGAGACCUCCACCACAAUGCUGUGAUUCAGAAACCGGCUCUGAAGCCAAAAUAUUCCUGUUGAAAUUCAUGCGACAAAAAAAAAAUUCAGUGGAGUUGGAACUUGGAGAGAUUUGUACUGUACAGACAUAUUUUAAAUUAAAAAAGUAUUCAGUUCACAACAA